AAUAAUGAUGAUUGUAGUAACUGGAGCCAUGUCAGUGCCUGAGUCCGAUUUCCCAGCCAGCACCCCUGCUACAGCCCCUAAUUUAUCCAGGAUGCCUGAGGAUGGCAGCCUCACUGCAGUGGAGCAGCCAAUAUUCCUAAUGACAACUGCUGCCCAGGCCAUCUCAGGUUUCUUUGUGUGGACAGCUGUGCUGAUCACCUGCCACCAGAUCUACAUGCACCUUCGCUGCUACAGUUGCCCCAAUGAGCAACGCUAUAUUGUCAGGAUCCUUUUCAUUGUUCCCAUUUAUGCUGUUGACUCAUGGCUCAGUCUUCUUUUCUUCACCAAUGACCAGUACUAUGUUUACUUUGGGACAAUACGGGAUUGUUAUGAAGCUUUUGUCAUCUAUAACUUCCUUAGCCUCUGCUAUGAAUACCUAGGUGGAGAGAGUUCCAUCAUGUCUGAGAUUAGAGGAAAGCCUAUAGAGUCCAGCUGCAUGUAUGGGACUUGUUGCUUAUGGGGAAAGACAUACUCGAUUGGUUUUCUGAGAUUUUGUAAACAGGCCACACUGCAGUUCUGUGUGGUGAAGCCUCUCAUGGCAAUUAUUACAGUUGUUCUUCAGGCAUUUGGAAAGUACCAGGAUGGAGACUUUGAUGUCACAAGUGGAUAUCUCUAUGUGACAAUUAUUUACAAUAUUUCAGUCAGCUUGGCUUUAUAUGCCCUCUUCCUCUUCUAUUUUGCCACCCGUGAACUUCUCAGUCCUUAUAGUCCUGUCCUAAAAUUUUUCAUGGUCAAGUCUGUUAUUUUCCUGUCCUUCUGGCAAGGGAUGCUAUUGGCCAUUUUGGAGAAGUGUGGUGCAAUUCCUAAGAUCCGCUCAGCCAAUGUAUCUGUGGGGACCGUAGCAGCUGGCUAUCAGGAUUUCAUCAUCUGUGUGGAAAUGUUCUUUGCAGCUAUUGCUCUGCGGCAUGCAUUCACUUAUAGGGUCUAUGCAGACAAGCACCUUGAUGCGCAAGGACGGUGCGCCCCAAUGAAGAGCAUCUCUAGCAGCCUUAAGGAGACCAUGAACCCCCAUGACAUUGUCCAGGAUGCUAUCCAUAAUUUCUCCCCAGCCUACCAGCAAUACACACAGCAGUCCACCCUGGAACAUGGACCACCAUGGCGGAAUGGCAGUCACAUAAUUUCACGUUCUCAUAGCAUCUCUGGUGUCCGUGACAAUGAGAAGACCCUACUUUUGAGCUCGGAUGAUGAGUUUUAAGGGGUUGGUGGAUCAUGCCAUAGCCUGGAACUUUCCUUUAUUUAUUGAACCAGAAAACAGGUUAUAUUUCUUUU